AACAGUAGUGAGCAUCUUUCUCUAUUAAAGCAAUAAAUGAAAGUAUAUAAAGAGCAAUACAAAAAAAAAAAAGAUCUGUUGCAGAGUCAGUGAGGGGAAGGAAGGGGGAGGCAAAGGCGUUUAGGUGGCUCUACCUGGAUAAAUUGUUGCUCACACUGCAAGAGAAUAUUCUGUUCUCCCUCCAGGAUGACAAGGAGUCUUGCAGAGUCUUGUGCCAGUUACUACACAGACAGCAACACAUUUGUGGAUACUUUUGGUUGUCCCAGGAAAGAAGAUGGUUCAGACCUCAUCUACUGCUGUGGUUUUGUUGACUUGAAAUAUUGCUGCAGUGAGCCGGGGAACUACUUCCCAUACAAGCAUGGCUACAUGUGGUCCCUAAGUGUAGGAGCUCUGAUUGGCCUGGGAAUCGCAGCGCUGGUCCUACUUGCCUUCAUUGUCAGCGUGUGUGUGCUCUGCUAUUUAUUUCUAUACACAAAGCCACAGAGAAUAGAUUCUGGUUUGAAACUGCAACAUGUAGGAUCUUCAGCUUCACAUUCAGACAAAGUUAAAAAAAAGGCCAAACCCGAUUGUGCUAAGAAAUGUGUCAACCCUGGGAACGAAACCUUUCCUGAACCCGAGAGGAACGUGCAAGAGAAACUCAUGGAAAUUACACAAAUCAACACUACCAUAUUGUAACGUGCCAGAAAAUGUGUCUUUUUUUCUACUUUUUCUUUUUAAAUUGCCUGCGCGGUGUUAAUUAUAAAAUAAAUGUAUAAUGAAAGGUUUAUUGUGUCAUUUUUUAAAGAUUUUUUUUUUUUUUUACUUUGAGAAUCGUUAUUGAACCUUUCGGUCUGAAGGUUGUUUGAGUGGUUUCAAUAUGUGUUGCUGAUUGCAGUCUUAACCAAGGGAAACAUUGACUAGAUUACAUGAAUGUUCUGAGGCUUUUAUAGUCACCUGGUUCCAAAGAAACCCUUUUUCUCAUACUCCUCUUGAAGGAGGACUCAUUAAAAAAUCUAAAUAAAAGGCAGGGAUUUUAUUCCCCAAACAGGAGAGGAUAAUAAUCCAAAGUAACUGGAGUGUGCAUGAGAACAAUCUGUUUCCAAUGAGGUUCCAAAUAGGUUUUUGGAGAGGGUGUUUUAAGGGCACUUAUUGCCAAUGCUCUUUUCACUACCUGCUCCUCCGAGUAAUUUACUGGAGGUGCCAGUUUUUUAGGCAGAACCCAGGGUAUUUAAAUGAUAACAUUGGGCCCAAAUCUGGCAUACCCUAGAUAUCUUGCACAGCUUUUAGCUUGAGAAUGUGCCCUAAUUCAGUAAAAUGAGAAGUUGUGUUUCUGUAGCCGAACGCUGGCGAAGUUUCACAAGCGUUAAUGCGACAGCCCGAUGUUUCGCUAGCGUUCAUUUCUGCCUAGCAAAACUUUGUUAGUACUCUUAGGCUUAGGUCAAUUUGAAUA